GUUGUAGUUCCUGUGGAGUAAACUGUCAUUCCGAUGACUGCAUUAGUUAGCUAGAAAUACUCUGUUGAUAAUCCAUAUGUUAGUCUACUCCCUAACCAAUGCGCGUCCUCUUCCCAUCGAGCUGGUGGCACAGUUCGAGACAUUGGACUAACAUUACCUGAGUGUUGGGUGCACUGUUCUAGCUAGCUAGUUAGUGAAUUUAGCGUUAUUAACCAACAGAUAGCAAGCAACAGAGAGCAAACCAACUUGACAGUAACGUUAGUUAGCUAUAAAAGAUUUCCCUAGCACACUGUCUAUGAGCUAGAUAGCUUUCAGCAGUAACGUUACCUACUUCUACACUGCAAAUUCCAAGCACAGAGCGCCUUUGGAUGGAAGCCCACAGCUCAAGCCGGUCAAUCCUGUCCAGGAAGAGGAGGAGAGAUGGAUCCAAGGGAGAAGCUGAGGAGGUAGAGCGACCAGGGAAAGUCCCAAGAUCCACCGUGGGUUUAAAAGAUCCCGCCUCCUUUGCUGAUGAGCUGGAGUCGGCUGAGGACACUCCAUACCUGCGAGUCAGCAUGGAGGAGGCCAAGAGGGGAACUCCAUUUCAUAGGCCAGUGCGGGUCUAUGCAGAUGGCAUAUUUGAUGUGUUCCACUCAGGCCACGCCCGGGCCCUCAUGCAGGCCAAGGGCCUCUUCCCCAACACAUACCUCAUCGUGGGCGUGUGUAGUGACGACCUGACGCACAAGUUCAAGGGGUUCACAGUGAUGAACGAGGACGAGCGCUACGAUGCAGUCAGCCACUGCCGCUACGUGGACGAGGUCGUCAGGAACGCGCCCUGGACGCUUACGCCCGAAUUCCUCGCCAAGCACCGAAUCGACUUUGUUGCCCAUGACGACAUCCCAUAUACAUCAGCAGGCCAGGAUGACGUUUACAAGCACAUCAAGGAGGCGGGCAUGUUUGCGCCCACCCAGCGGACGGAGGGCAUCUCCACCUCGGACAUCAUCACACGCAUCGUCCGCGACUACGACGUGUACGUGAGACGCAACCUGCAACGCGGCUACACUGCAAAAGAGCUCAACGUCAGCUUCAUAAAUGAGAAGAAGUACCACCUGCAGGAGCGUGUGGACAAGGUGAAGAGGAAGGUGCGUGACGUUGAGGAGAAGAGUAAAGAGUUUGUGCAGAAGGUGGAGAACAAGAGCAUCGACCUCAUCCAGAAGUGGGAGGAGAAGUCCCGGGAGUUCAUCGGCAACUUCCUGCAGAUGUUCGGCCCCGAGGGAGCACUGAAGCACAUGUUGAAGGAGGGCAGGGGCCGGAUGCUGCAGGCCAUCAGCCCAAGACAGAGUCCCAGCAGCAGUCCCACCCGUGAGCGCUCUCCCUCCCCCGUCUUCCGCAUGCCCUUCUUAAACAAGGCCGUGGCCUCACCCCACCACAGUGCUACACGGGGAUACACCGUCAGUGAGGAUGAUGACGAGUCUGACGAAGGUUAGGGCUCACAUUUCUCGCGUUUGUUAAUCCUGCUCUUCGGUCCAUCGACAGUAUCAGCGUUCAAGCCCCUCCAACCAAUCAUCAGUAUGUCCAAUUAUCUGUAUAGCGUUGUCCCUCACGUCUUUUUUUCAAUUGCUGGUGUCCAUUUCACAUGUACUGUACCACAUCAGUCAGGGGGGGGGUUAUUGCACAAUUAGUUUGACAGCUGAUGUUGCAUUUCUCACCGAUUAGGAACAUUUAGAUGCAUGCUUCCAACUCAGGAUGUUAUAACCUUAGUGGGAAAUUCAGUUUUGUCUUCUAUAAGUUGAGGGGUGUUUGGUACACUGUUGCAUUCCUCUACAGAUGAUCUGAGAGUAUGAUAUAUAUAGUAACCAUCAGUCCCUUGAGGAUUCCCCCUCGGAGUGUUUGCUUCUGUGAGUGUGUAAACUGCUAGCUUGUGUAGGCAUCUCAAUGUCCUCCAUCCAUGGACUCAGCUUGACCUUUUUGCACAUUAUAAUACUAAUAGUUGGUUUCGAUGGUCUGAGUCGAGGUCAGUCUUUGGACAGAGGUUUUCAAAGCAUAGUGCCCAGCAUUUAACUAGAGAACUGAUCUUGUUCAGUAGGGCUCAAGAACCUGUUUUCAGGAGGUUUUAGCUGAAGCCAAACAAUUGUGUGCAAUAACAAGACCUAAUUUUUUUAAAUGAUUACAUACGUAAUACAAUUUUAUCCCUUUUACAUAUCUCCCUCCUGUAGUUGGGAUCAUUUGAUUUUGGCUGUUAACCCAACCCUUGCUAGUCUGUGGCAGCAAAGCAGGUGGUUAAGCAUAUCAUAACCAUGUUGGAUUGUCUAUACAGUGUAAGGGAUGAUAUGAUCCAUCAUUUGACUGGACUGAUUAUUUGGGAUUUGAAUAAAUCCAUUAAAAUACUGCUUCUCAUUAGGGCAUGUCUAUAUAUAAUCUAUCUUCUGGUAGCAAGAGUUGUCUGAUAUGUAAGAAGCCAGUACUAACCUUCUGUCAGAUACAAAAUGUACAUUGUUUUAAACAUUUUACUGUUUGGGUUGAGUUUGUUUAGCUCCUGAAUGUGCAGGCAUGAGAUACCAGGAAACAUGUCAAUGAAAUAAAAAAACUUCAACCAUAA